CACUGGCGGUGCUCCUUUUUAGCCCAUCUAUCCGUGGGUUCAGAAUUCAGUUAUAACCGCUUCGACCUCCAGAGCCACCAAUGGCGCGAAACGACAAGGCGGUUGGAGGCAUGCCUCAAAACACAACCGCUUCCCCCUGCACAUAUUCAAAGUACGCGCUCUUUCGGUUCCAGUUCAUCCCCACGAAAUCUAACCGAUCCCCAUCCCAGAAGAGAUAGAGAGAGUAAUUCAGGUACUGCAGGAGAUAGAGAUCAGUUCGUCACAGGUUUACAGAUAUCUAAGCACUUCCGAUCACUCCGAAGAUCGAUGGCAGUCUCGUUCAUCACUAGGUUUCUGAUCCUGGCUCUGGGGUACGCGUACCCGGCGUACGGCUGCUACAAGACGCUGGAGCUGCGGCCGCCGCAGAUCGAGCAGCUGCUGUUCUGGUGCCAGUACUGGAUUCUCGUGGCGUUCCUGACGGUUGCCGAGAGGCUCGCCGGCUGGGCGUUGUCGUGCCUGCCGGCGUACGGCGAGGCCAAGCUGGCGCUGCUCGUCUACCUCUGGCACCCCAACACACGGGGCACGGUGCGCGUGUACGGCGGCUACCUGCGGCCGCUGCUUGUGAGGCACGAGGCGGACAUCGACCGGGGACUGCUGGUGCUGAGGGCCAGGGCCGCUGACGUCACGACGUCGGCUGCCACCGCCGCCCGGGCGUGGCUCGUCGAGGCCGCCCGCCGCGCUUCGUCGCAGAUGCAACAGGCGGCUGCGGCGAGGUCGGGCCGGGAAGGCCAGGCGCAGUGAUCCAUUCCUGUCAUGUGUGCGGAUGCGGUUGUGCAAGGAAGGAAGGAAGGCCCCAUUUGGCCAUUUGGAUUGCGGUCUUGGGUUUGGCUAGCAUUAAAAUGUGACUUUUAGUUUUUGGCUUAAGACACUAGUGAGUGUGCGUGCACGCCCCUGAAAUUUAAAUGUGUCUUUCAGAUCUCAUUUCUAUGUUUUUAUUACCGUUUUCCUCACUAAGCCAUUUAAAUAGGUGGGGGGUCCAGUGAUGGUGGAACAUUGGUUCUCCGUGACU